GUAUAUACAGUAGCGCAACUCUCGGAUUUUCGCGUGUACGAAAUGGAACUGCACAUGCGCGAGCUAUGGGUGUAACCAAUAACGUAACAGAAUCUUUCUGUCGCACUUGCUCUGUUUGCUUUUCUAUAGUCUUCUCUGUCGUUGAAAUGCCCCAACGGCCAAAAUUGGCGGUAAAUGUGACAAAAGUGAAUUCAAGGCGAUUUAAAGUAAAAAGUCAGAGCAGUGUUAUUGUUAAAUAUAAGACGUGUUAAAGAAAGUGAAUAGAAAAGUGUUUUGUGUUUAAUGUUUAGUGAAUAUAGUGCUAAGUGAAAAGUGAAAGUUAACCAAGAACGAUUAUUUUUUCUGUACAGAAUAGUUAAUCUGUAUAGAUUUUACAGAUUUUCAAUUCUUUUACAGAAAACUGCACUUUUGAUCUUAGCUUUGUUGCAGGUGCUGCUUCUUAGAAGAUAAAAAAAAUAUAUAUAUAUAAGAUAAAACUGAUAAAAAAAAAUACAAAAAGAUGUUAGCCCAUAAAUCGAAAUGGUGUGUUGCAAAGGGGUGCAACAAUAAUAUCACAGAGAAAAGACAUUUUUUUUCGUUUCCAAAAGAGCAUGACAGAUGGUUACAAUGGAUACAUGCAUGUCAAAGAUUAGAUUUACAAGUGAUGGGUCCAGAGUACGCUUAUCGCAAUUGUAGACUGUGCCAUUUGCAUUUUGAAGAAAAGUGGUAUAAAAUAGGCAAAAUUAGAGCUCAUCUUUAUCCUGAUUCUGUGCUCCCCGCUUAA